GAUUCAAACUGAAAAAGAAGAUGAGAAAUUGGCCAUGACUGUGCAGGAGGAAGACUCUCCGGUAUGUCCAAAUAUCAAACACAAUCUUUCCAUGAAGAUUUUCAGUGUUUUAAAUAAUCUUAAAACAGUUCUAUGUAAUUUUUCUGAAGGAGCUGCUGGAUUUUCUACUCCGAGUAUAUCCAGCUGUCAUGGCUGAACUAGACAAAAGUACAAGAAGCCAUGCUUUUGAUGGUUAGUUAAAACUUAAUUUUCAUUGUUAUGAUAUAUAUCAAGCUUCCUGGCAAUACCCUAGAUAUAGUUAAAUUGGGGCAUUCCAGAAAACAUACAUACCUCCCCCCCCCCCCAAGGGGGAAUUAAACCCCCUUCCGAUGUCCUAAUGUACUUACUAUCACCAGAAACAAAUCCCCCCCCCCCGGUGGACAGCAGAAAUUUCCUCCAUGUGGGCAGGGUGGAACUUUUCCAACCUUGUACCCAGGGCCUUUGCGCGGUUCAGAGGCUAGCCUGUGAACUGUGCAAAGGCCCCGGGUGCAAGGUUGGAACUUUUCUGGAACGACCCAUUCUAAUGUUGUUCCUAUCUAACUGUGUUAUACUGUUACUAUAUUUACUAGGUUAUGAAGUUGAUUGGGAGGAAUCGUCAAAUUCUGUGCAGUGUCUUCAUACAUUAUCACAUGCUGCUCUGGAAGAAAAAGUGAGUAAUAACAGAAAAAGGUAGGUCAUUUUCUGGGGUAAUUAUGUUGGGUGCACCCCACUAGAAAACAUCUACCCCUAAUUCCCCAGCAUCAAAUGCAAUUGUUUUCAUUUCUGACAUAUUUCAGGCUCCCCUCCCUAUGACCCCCUCCCUCUCUGAAAACUCCCCCUUGGGAAAGUCUACAUCCUGCUGCCAACUUUUUAACCCCCUCUCUUGAAAAGUGUACAAUUCCACCCCCUCCCCUGAUGGAAAGUGAACACCCGUACCAGAUCAGCCUUGACCUGCCCUUGAUUCUUAAUUCUUCUCUUUGUUCUAGCUUGAAGUAACAUGUCUUUCCUGGAACCCAACUGGUGCUGUUUUAGCUGUAGCAUAUGGCCGCUAUGAUCAUCAGGAUUGGUGCACACACAAAGUACUACAUUUCCUUUAAUUUAAACCAACAUUGUAUUUAAGUCUGGACCUACAGUUUGAAUUUAGAAAAUUCUUUUACAGAUGAAGUGUAGUCAAAUGUAACUGUAAAACUUCAAAGAAAACAUAAUGCAUUGUUAUUGGAAAAAGUUGGUGUGGGCCAACCACAAAUCUUUCAAAUUUUAACUGUCCGAUCUUUCUGAGCUCCAUUGGUCUACUCUCCAUUUUGCAAUUCCCAAGAGCUGUGUUAGUAAUAAUUCAAAUCUAGGCAAUUAAGUUUACUCACAUUCUACUUCUAGUCUAGUGCUUGCAUGAACCCUGCUUAGCAAAUGAUUAUUUAUAUUUUUUCUUAUUUUCUUAGUCUUCUCUGUGUACCUGGAAUCUGGACAGAAGGUCACUGAAUGCAAACAAAGCUGAUUUGGCUAUUGAUAUUCCUGUGAGUAAUGCAAUAUGCAAUAGACAUUUUGUGGUUUUUAUGCAGCUUUUUAGGUAGAUGUUGACAUCUUGUGUUCCUGGUUUUGCUAUAGAGUUGUGUUAUGAGUAUUGCAUUUCAUCCUAUCAUUCCAUCCCUUAUUCUUGCUGGAACAUUCAAUGGUAAAUUUACCAAAUUUUAUACUUAGAGAUCAUUUACAUUAUUUUACAACAGUAGGGCAACAUGUCAUUCCCUCACCAGUUAUAUAUCUACCUCACAUUUCUCUUGUAGGUGCAGUGUAUGUUUAUGACAUUGGCAAAGAAGAUGAUACAUUGAUUGCCUCAUCAGGUGUUGGAGAAAAUUCUCAUAAAGACCCAAUUUCACAGGUACUGCAUUUACUGUAGUUUAGAGAAUCUGUAAAGUAUAUGGAAAAAGUACCUUUGUAUAUAUGGAUAAUGGAUUUAUGAAUCAUUACUUUUCAUCUGUAGGUGAUGUGGUUAAAUGAUCCAGCAUCCAAAGAUAAAAAGUUUAAGGUAAUCUGUUGAUGUAUUUUUGAAAAUUCUUUACAGUAAAAAGUAUGAGUCAUAUUGAUCAAAAUUUUAUAACUGAAAAACUAUGAACUGCCAUUUUGCUAUAGAGUCAGCAUUGUAGAACAUUUUAUUUGCGUGGAGUUCUUCCAUCUUCCUCAAGGCACAUUCCUCUCCACUCCCUAGAAAAUCCUAUGUUAUAUCAAUUUCCAUAUAGAUCAUGAGUGCGGGUGGUGAUGGUAAAAUCUUGAUUUGGAGGUUGAGUCAGAGCAGUAAGAAUCUCAAGUUACUCAGUGGUUUUGUUGUCCAAACUGACAGUAUUCCUCGUAAUCUCAGAGUCAGUAAAGCCAGGGGAGAUAGCUUGGUAGGAGGUAAGUUUUUGAGGAACAGGAUUCCUUCAAGAAGCACCGUUGUCUGAUUAUUCUGAGAAUAGUGCUGUACGUGACUGGGUUCUAAAGUUCCCUUCUGUGGUACUGAACCAAUGAGGGAUGGCUUUUAUCCUUGACCUAGCUGUAGGGAAAACAAAGCAAAACCGUAAUUAGUUCCUUCAAUGUUUGCAUUAUGGAAACAUAUAGAGCUAUCCAGUAUAAAGUUAAGUUACUUAGUUUAUAGUCUGUCAGGAAAUAGAUGUUGAUCCAUACGCACAUGCAAUAUGUCUCCACAGAUGAUGUUGCGGAGUAAUUGCAUACAAUUUGUAUUUUCUAGUGACCUGUCUUUCGUUCUCCCAUGAAGACAAGACAACAUUCGUAGCAGGUUCUGAAGGUGGAGGUGUAUUUAAAUGCUCUACGAAUGCCACAACAACUGCAACCUCAGGUAUGCGCGAUAUAAUUCACUGAUCCUUCAUCUCUUCUCCAUCUAUGUCUCCUUCCAUAUCAACCUUGUUUCAAUCACCUUGGGUAUCUAAAAUUUAUACACCCAAAAUUUUUUGAUCUCUUCAUUCCAUUAUCUCUCUGACCAGCUCCCCUCCCUUCAUCUCCUUUUAUUACGUGUUCAUUCCAUCCCAACCUUCUCUCACUUCCUCUGCAAUGUCUACAAUCCUACAUCUUCCUCUGAGCGAUAUAUGAUGUCUGUGACUCGCCCUUCAUCUCCUCUUAUUACGUGUUCAUUCCAUCCCAACCUUUCCCCUCUUCCUCUGCAAUGUCUACAAUCCUACAUCUUCCUCUGAGCGAUAUAUGAUGUUAUGAUGUCUAUGACUCGCCCUUCUUCAGCUCCUCUUAUUACGUGUUCAUUCCAUCCCAACCUUUCCUCACUUCCUCUGCAAUGUCUACAAUCCACAUCUUCCUCUGAGCGAUAUAUGAUGUCUAUGACUCGCCCUUCUUCAGCUCCUCUUAUUAUGUGUUCAUUCCAUCCCAACCUUUCCUCACUUCCUCUGCAAUGUCUACAAUCCCACAUCUUCCUCUGAGCGAUCCAUGAUGUCUAUGGCCUGCCCUUCAUGGCUUCAUCAUGUCCUAUUACGUGUUCAUACAAUCUCAACCUUACUUUCUUCCUUGUAAUGUUUACAACCCCACAUCUUCCUCUGUUCUCUUCAUUCCACAUUUCCAUGAUGUCUGUGACCCGCCCUUCUUCAUCUCCUAUAACGUGUUCAUACCAUCUAAACCUUACUUUCUCCCUUGUCAUGUUUACAACCCCACAUCAUCCUUUGAUCUCUUCAUUCCAUGAUAUCUGAGACCGUCCCUUCUUCUUAUUACGUGUUCAUCGUCCUCUGCAAUGUCUACCGCCCCAAAUGUUCUGAUCUCUUCACCCCAUCGUAUAUAUCUCUGGCAAGCCGGCAUCUGUUCCCAAUAAGUGUCUAUGCUAUCUUAGACUGCCUCAAUCUUGUAACCUUGUUCUUCAAGACUUCAACCAAACCCAAACCUGCAUCUCUGUAGUGUCCUUCUCUUGAAUUCAUAACUGCCUUUUUAGGUUUCGUAAUUUUCUUCCUUUUAACAGAAGAUAUCCAGUCUGUUCCAGUUCACUCUCCUGUCACAUUUGCUUUUCAUCCAUACUUGGGUCCAAUCCACUCAGUAUGUUGUUCACCACAUCACAGAAAUCUAUUCCUGACUGCUGGUACUGAUACAUUAAGACUAUACAACAUGUUACAGGUAAAGUGAUGACAGUUUUACUAAAUCUAUAGAUACUACCGUCAUUGAAUAAUUAACUUUAACUAUGAUUUUUUCUUCAGUUAAUGCCAUCCCUGACGAUCGAGCCAUCAUGUGGAUACUUAUAUUCAGUUCGUUGGUCUUACACAAGGCCUGUUGUGUUUGCUGUCGCUUGCGGAAAUGGCAAAGUUCUACUAUAUGAUCUCAAGGUAGGAUGAUCUCAGGGGAAAUACCAACCUAAAAUGAUCGUGUUUUUGUGAUUGGCUUCAUAAAACAAUAGUAAUCAGUAUUUGUGACUCGUUCAUUAGAAAGAUAAUUUCUACAGUUCAUUGUCUUUUAUUGUUAUCAUUAACCAAUCACAAAGCCCGCGCAUAUAGUUUGGUGGCGACCCUGAUCUCGUCAGUGGCCAGCAAGUAUAUUUUGUCGCCCAUUUUUCUCACAUUACGUUAUUUUAUUGUAGGCGAAUAGAAUUAACCCGGUCAUGACUUUGGAUGGCUGCUCGAAAGGAAGCUCUAUUUUUACUGCUGAAUUUAAUCCUUCGAGGUAAGACCUCAAAAAUACCAACUGGAAAUGUAAGGAAAUUUAAACCAGGGAUAUUAACUGGACCCAAACAGGGUUAUGCCUAGGCUUGAUUACCAGCCGGCAUUCGGGAAGCUUCCCUGAAUUGGAGGGUUCGACUUGAGUCACAGUGGGUAAUCGAGCUUAGGUUAUGCCCAGGGCUCAAAAUAACGGGAGAUAGGUCUCUGGUCAACUUGAUUUUAGCUCGGUCAAAAUGUGUUUUUGACCAGUCAUUGAUACGCUUACACUGACAGUGAAACAAACUAUUAGAAACUUGUUUCGAUACAUCAUAGUUUCAUGUUUUAAUUCAAGACGUCAGCAAUAACAUUGGAAGGCAUGAAAAUGUGGCCAGUCAAAAAUGAUCGAUGAGGUAAAAAAGUGACCGUUCAAGAGGCAUUUUUGGCCGGCCAUUGUCCGUUAACCGGCCGUUAUUUUAAGCCCUAGUUAAGCCUAGGUUAGCAACAAGGCAUUCUAGUUAUCAAGUUUUGUGAAUUUUUUUUCUAUUUCUUCACUCUGACAGGAAAUAUUUACUAGCGUCCGGCAAUGGCCGAGGUGAGGUAAAGGUCUGGAAACUAAAUGAUGAUCUCGUUUCCCACAAACCACGUGAUCAAGACAUCCUGGAAAGUUUAGCAGUACUUCAUGUAGAUUAA